GAACGUAACAACUAUGUACUCACCGUACCCCUUCGGCUGUCUGUCUUUGCCCGAAAUCUGCAUCUCGAAACAAAUAAGACCACCCUUCGAGCGCUAUUCGCUACUGCAUUCGGGUCGUCCCCUGUAAACCCCGCUGGGAUCGACUACGUCGAUUUCAACAAAGGAAUGGACUCUUGCUAUCUUCGGCUUGCCUCGCCUGAGCAUGGACGUAUUUUAGUCGAUCACUUCUCUGGCCAGCCUGUGGUACAGUCUCACGGCCUUGACGACAUAGGCAAGACUCCUGGAACGUCCCAAAAGGCCAUCUCAACAGAAAUCAUCGAAGGGAAAAAGGAGGAAGUUUUAUUGGGAGGAGUUCCAGAGAAAGUCAGACGACAGGCUGUGGAGAAAGUAAUGAAGGCUCUCAAUGGCAAACAACCAUCGGCUCCCGUGCACACUGCAUACGAGCACUCCGAGGAAAGCAGGCCGCGGAAAAAGAGAAAUCGCGGCUAA